AUGUUGCCUUUCAGGAGAACUUUUGACAGCGAGAAACAGCAGCUGCAGGAGCUCAACAGCAGACUGGUCCAGUAUCUCUCCAGAACCAAGCAGCUGGAGCAGGAAAACACCUUUCUUAUUUCUGAAAUAAACAAACUCAGACGAGGGAAGACGGCGGAAUGGGAGCCGAAAUACAAGAGCGAGAUGCGGGAUCUGAGGAGGAUGGUGGGGAUGCUGUCGUUUGAGAAGUCCCAGGUCGAGAUGGAGAGGGAGAAGCUAUGGCGAGAGCUGCAGAUGGUCCAGUCUCUGUGCAGCGAGCAGACCGGGGUGUGCAGGGACAUCAGUGGAGAGAUGAAGGGCUACGAGAAGGAGCUCCAGCAUGCUCACAAGACCAACAGUGAGCUCCAGCAGCGUUUACUACACCUUGAAAACGAGUAUACAUGUCUGGAGGGUGUGCACAGACAGGAGAAGGACACACUGCGUCGUCAGGUGGAGUCCCGGGUGGUGCCCAUCAUCACGCAAAGUUAUCUCGGGCCUCCUGUGGCCACCGUGGAGGAGGUGCAAGAGUAUGCCCGCAGUCUGUCCAAUGGGUGCGUUGAGACCUUUGAUGUGUACCAGCAGAAGGUGGAGGAGAUGGAGCAGUGCAUUAGAGAGGACCAGGCCAGGCUGAGCGACCUGCAGAGGGAGAAGAUGCUGUACGCCUCAGAGUUGGACAAAUUACGCACAGAGGCGGAAAAACAAGGUCAUGUUCAGUUUCGUCUUGAAGAGCAACUGAUGCACAUGCAGGAGAAAUUCCGGGUGGACUUCAGUGAAUAUCAGAUGAUUAUUGAGCAGCUGGAGCACGAGAGGAAUAUGAUGGCUGAUGCUAUUGCAGAAAAGAUGCGAGAGCAUCAGCACCUUCUCCAGGUUAAGAUGGAUCUGGGCAUGGAGGUGGCUUCUUACAGGGCCCUCCUGGAAGGUGAGAGAGUGGAUCUGCAAGAUGCUCAUAGGAGGGUGAAUCAACAUCAAAGAGAAAGAAUAAUAGAUAUAAGGAUUCCUGCCAAGCCCUACACUCCAAGAGCUUCCACGCUAACCACCAGACAACAUAUGGAUAUCAGGCACAUGCCGCCGACUUCACACCUGAGAAGAUCUCCUGUGCCUCCCUCUGGGUCCAUAAGUCCCUCCAGGAUCAUUCCUAUUUCAGUUGCAGGCAGAGCUCGGCAUCAGAGUCCUGUAUCCAGAAGGGACAUGAUCUCCUUCACCAAAGCUCGGGCUGCCGCCCCUGCCUCUGCUACCACCACUGCCAAAGAUAAACAAACAGGCCAGAGUGAAUACCAAACCAGACAGCAUGUACAGAAAACAGCAGCAGAGGAGAAAACUGUGAAAAUCAAACAGGUCUCUCAGGUAGAGAACCAAAGCAGUCCCAUCAAGUCGUCCACUACUGAGACCAAAUCAGUGAAAGUGGUGUCACCACCAAUGAUGAGCCUGGGCAUGAAAACCGAGACAGAAAGCAAAAGGCAAGUGUCAGAUGAACAAGAGCGGGAUAAUGUUUAUGGAGGGGAGUUCAAGGAUGAAGGAAAAACAGAGCAUGCGAUGGGCACAAGUGAGAAAAAGGUAUCAGAUUCUGCGUCUGUAGAGCAGAUCAUCGAGAAUAUGAUGAGACCAGCAGGUUCGGAAGCUUUGGUUUGCUCCCCUGGAGAACCGAAGGUAAGAUACCAUGUGGAGAAAACUGAGCAAGAGGAUGGAACGACUAAGACGCAGAUCGUGUUGGAGUCCAAAUUGGAGGAAGAGCUGGAUUUUUCUGACUCAGCACUGGAAGAACUACUGAGCCAUGGGGUUAAGAACGUGGCACUGGAAGACAUCAAGGACACAGCAACAGCAAGCAUGAUCAAGAACCUGCUCAGUGGCCUGCAGGCAAGCGAGAAAUUUGAAAAUAAGUCUGUCAACGUGGAAAUCAUUGAGGAGCCGGUGGAGUUUUACACUGAUGAGAAGCUUGAGCUUGAUCAGAAAUCCAGAUCUAGCUUUUAUGAGCCCUCCACAACAUAUUUUCAAAUCGAGGAGCUAGAAAAUGUCCCUGAUGGUGCUCAAGUUCAGGGGAGUGAUGGUGAUGCCAUGAGAACCUCCAUGACCGAUACAGAUUAUCGCAAGGGUGGAUCUGUGCAAGUCCAAGAGGUUUCUGCAGAGAGUGAAUCUUCAUAUUUCUCCCACGACCAAGAGCCAAAGUAUUUUGUCUCCACACCAGAUGAAAAUCUUUCUGAAGGCGAGGAGGGUGUUGGCAUCACCUCGUAUGGCCAUUAUGGUAUCGUCGAUGACCUGUCAGAUGAGCGGUAUUAUCAAGAUGAAGGUUCUUUCUCGAGAAGGGUGAUUGUAGAGGAAAGUGACGAAUACAAGUCAGGUGAUCACUCGUUUGCCAAGGAGAGUUUCCCAGAGUGCAUCAUUGAAGAGGAGGUUUGCGUCUCCCCUAUAGUGCAGGAGUCGAUGCUCGAGUUCCUGAGAGAGGACUCUUUGGAGCCCAAAGAGCAGCUGAAGGGAGCUCUAGAGAAGCUACAAAGCUCAGUGUCGGGUCCGCUGAGGGAGGAGUUGGCCUUCCUCACAAAAGUGAGAAGUGACGGUUCACAGAAUGUGGCUUACGAUGUCAAAAAAGUGCAACAGUCAAGUGACAACGGCACCAUGACUAUAGUCGCAGAGCUGAACAUGUCUCAGAGUCUGGAAGACUCCGGGCUGCUGGAGGCAGGAGAUGAUCCAUCUGAGGAGCAGAUCAUGGCAGCUCUCAGAUCUUCUAACCAAGGGCUCGAUAAAGCCUUCCAGGGUGGUGCAGGAGGAGGAUACAGCUUCAGAUUCUCCAGAGAAGAGGAUGUUGUUCACGGUGAAGAGCUUGAAGGCUUCACUAAAGAAGAAGGGUCAGCGUCUGAAAUCACUGAGAGGCACAUACAAGUGGGGCCAUCAGAGAAGUCCUUCUCCUUUCAGAUGGACGUACAGGGCGGCCACGCUGAGCCGUCAGAGCAAGAGCUGCAAUCUCACAUCUUUGGAACCCCAGUGAAGAUUUCUCAAGAGAAAAGAAUCGUUUACCUGGAAAGUCCAACAGAAGAUUAG